GGGAGGGUCAACCAUCGUUUUAUUGCGAUCGCAAGGCGAAAACUACGACGGCGCGAGUGCCACAGCUCAUCGGGCGCAACGAGCGUCGUCCGUUCACGGGUCGCUUCUCGCGGAGGUUUAUCCGCCCGGAGGGGGCCUCCCUCUCUCCAUUCACUCCUUGCGUGCUGGGGGGGGGGGCGGCAGCGGCGCCUGUUCUGCUUUGUGAAGUCGCCUUCGUCGUCAGCCAUGGCAGUGACGUCAUCGCUUCUUCUCGAAGUUUCUGCCACGUGACCCGGCGGGGGCCCCCCCUCCGGCUGCGCCACGUGACUGCGCGCGACCAAUGGGAGGCGAGGACGGGAUGGAGGGAGGGGCAAGUGUCACGCCCAGUGGAGGCGGCGGUGAGCGCCGCCAUGACCGUCGCGGAGGCUCGGGAACGUUCCGAGCCGAGACUCGGAGGCGAACGCGAGUGGACGGCGGCGGACGCCACCGAGCGAAGAGAAACUGCCAAAAGGAUCUAUCGCCGAGGGGAAAGCCGGGCAAGGAUUUUGGCGCGGCACUGGCACGACGAAGGGCGGGGCCAUGCAGGGGGGCAGGAGGACGAGAGGGGGGCGGGGCCACGUCGACUGGUCGCGGCUUGGGUCCCCUCCCUCCGCUGCACGCCACGUGACCCGGUGCGAGCCAAUGCAAGCGCGCCAUGACGGGACGACCCCCGUAUAUAAGCGGCGCUCGCGGGCAGCGCCAUUGUAGGGGCGGCCUGGGCAGAGGCGGUGCAGCCCUACGCGUCAUCCAAGUCGUCUCAUGAACGCGCACAGCCAUCCGGCGCCGCGGAGUUGUCCUUCCGCGAGCCGCGGCGGCGACGCACGGUCACAGGGCGAGCUUGGCAACGGCAUGAACGGGAUGGUGAUGGGCGAUGCACCGAGCGGCGGGGGCAAGCGGAUCCGCAAGCCCUCGCUGCUCUACGAGGGCUUCGAGGGAGCGCCGGUGACGGCAGCGCCACGCGGUGCUGCCACGGCAGCAGCUAUCGGCGGCGGCGGCGGUGGUGGCGCCCGAAAGCCGCCGGCGGCGGCCUCGCAGGGCGGCGCCGGCGCACCAAGCCUCCAGCAGCCGGAGACGGCGAACCCCAACAAGCCAGGGCGGCUGACGAACCAGCUGCAGUAUCUACAGCGCACGGUCAUGAAGGCGCUGUGGAAGCACCAGUUUGCGUGGCCGUUCAACGUGCCUGUCGACGCCAACGCGCUCCACCUGCCGGACUACCACAAGAUAAUCAAGCAGCCGAUGGACAUGGGAACCAUCCGCCGGCGAUUGGAAAACAACUACUACUGGAGCGGCGGCGAGUGCAUCCAGGACUUCAACACCAUGUUUACAAACUGCUACCUGUACAACAAGCCAACGGACGACAUUGUGCUAAUGGCACAGACGCUGGAAAGGCUGUUCCUGCAGAAGGUGGCGCUCAUGCCACAGGAAGAGGUGGUGCUGGCCUCGCCCGGACCCAAGGCCGUCAAGGGCAAGGUCGGACGCAAGCCCGCCAUGGCGCCGGUGAUCCCGGCAACGCCGGCGGCGGUGCGAACUACUCUCCCACCGCCACCACCGCCGCAGCCGCCCCCCCGCGCCACCCCCACCACAGCGGCCCUUCCCGUGAUGCAGCCUCAUCCUGUCGGCAAGACAAAGAAAGGCGUGAAGCGGAAGGCCGACACGACCACGCCAGGCCCGGCAACGCCAUCAACUGCACCGCCGCCCCCUCCGUCGCCAUACCUGGCGCCAGUGCCCUCACUGACCUCCACGCCGAUCACGGUGGCCCCGGCGCUACCGCCCAUCACCGCCACCAUCAUGACCUCUGCCGCCAAGCCCAUGGCCGCCGACUCAAAGGCCGCCAAAAUCCCGGCACGGCGGGAGAGUGGCAGGCCCAUCAAGCCUCCGCGCAAGGACCUGCCGGAUUCGCAGCAGCAGCACCAGACCAGCAAGAAGGUGGGGAGAGGGGGGCGACAGUGCCAGGUGAAGCUGUCGGAGCAACUCAAGCACUGCAAUGGCAUCCUGAAGGAGCUGUUUGCCAAGAAGCACGCGGCGUACGCGUGGCCCUUCUACAAACCCGUCGACGCUUCCACGCUGGGCCUGCACGAUUACCACGACAUCAUCAAGCACCCCAUGGACCUCAGCACCAUCAAGAAUAAGAUGGACAACCGGGAUUACCGGGACGCGCAGGAGUUUGCUGCGGACGUGCGGGUCAUGUUCUCCAACUGCUACAAGUACAACCCGCCGGAUCACGACGUCGUCUCCAUGGCGCGCAAGCUGCAGGACGUGUUUGAGAUGCGCUUCGCCAAAAUGCCGGACGAGCCCCCAGAAGCGCAUCUCUCGCUCACCGUAUCCUCACCACACUCGGGCAGUGGCGGCCGCCGCCACCACCACCAUCACCACCACCAACAGCAGCAGCAGCAGCAGCAGCAGCUCCAGCUUCAACUGCAGCAGUACCAGCAGUUGCAACAGCUGCAACAACUACAGCAGCAGCAGCAAUUGCGGCCCGACAACAGCAUGGGGGACCACCGGGGCGACGAGGACGACUCAAUGUCGUCAUCUUCCUCGUCGUCUUCCUCCUCGUCGUCGAGCAGCGGCAGCGAGAGCUCGGGCAGCGAGAGCUCCGACUCUGAGGAGGAGCGAGCCAACCGAUUGGCGGAGCUGCAAGAGCAGCUGCGAGCCGUGCACGAGCAGCUGGCGGCGCUGUCACAGGGCCCCAUCUGCAAGCCCAAGAAGAAGGAGCGCAAGGAGAAGCGACGCAAGAAGGAGAAGAUGCGCGAGAGGGAGCGCGAGCGGGCACGCAAGGACGAGGACUUCAGGCCCAACACUGUCAAGGGAGGUGUCAAGGGAGGUGGGAGUGGAGGUGGAGGAGGAGGAGGAGGUGGUGGAGGUGGUGGUGGUGGAGGAGGAGGAGGUGGAGGAGGAGGCGGUCAGAAGAAGGGUGGCGGUGGGCGGCGCGGCACCACGGGAGGCGGAAACGGCAAGGUCACCUUCCGACCCUUGGCCAGACCGUCGAAGAAGGCGAAGGCGGCGGCUGCGGUGGUGCCCCCGUUCGACUCUGAUGAGGAGGACGAGGCGAAGCCGAUGUCGUACGAUGAGAAGCGGCAGCUGAGCCUUGACAUCAACAAGCUGCCCGGGGACAAGCUGGGCCGUGUGGUGCACAUCAUCCAGGCGCGCGAGCCGUCCCUGCGGAACUCGAAUCCCGAGAUCGAGAUCGACUUUGAGACUCUGAAGCCGUCGACGCUGCGCGAGCUCGAGCGCUACGUCAUGUCCUGCCUCCGCAAGAAGCCACGUAAGCCCUACGCCGUGAAGAAGACUGCCGGCAAGAGCAGGGAGGAGCUGGCGCUGGAGAAGAAGAGGGAGCUGGAGAGGAGGCUACAGGAUGUGAGCGGCCAGCUCAACCCCACCAAAAAACCGCCCAACAACAACAACAAGAAGAAGGCGGACAAGCCGUCGGAAGCGCAGGGCCCCGGGGUGGCGUCGCGUCUCUCCUCCUCGUCGUCCUCCUCCAGUUCGGGCAGCUCCAGCUCCUCCAGCGGCUCCAGCUCCAGCGACACCAGCGACUCGGACUCGGGUUGACUCCUUCCCCCGGCGUUCGGGCAUCCCAAAUUCCACUACCUACCUACCGCCCCGCCCCCCCCAAACCCCAUUCUGGCCAGGACAGUGGUCAUCGUCGUCGGUGGACGACGUUGGCGCCAGCGUUGCCGGGUCCUAUCGGCGACGGCCAAAGGAGCAAGGGCGGAAGGAGUCCGCCGUGGCGAGCCAGCGCACGGCCGGGUUUGGCCGACCGGUGGAGACGGCUGCGCCCACCUAAACUCGCCCGUGCGCCGGCCCGGCCUGGUUUUCGCCCGUGAGCGCCCCCUGCUCGAUACGGUGGCAGGGAGGAGGGCACACGUCGGAGUUCAAGCCGACCGACUCGUGCGGAGUGGGCGACUGCUCGCCGCCGUGCCCAUCAGCGGGGCGGGGUGUUAUUGCCGUUGUCGGAGUUUUAUUUAAUACUUUACGGAAAAAACUGCCAUGCGUUUUUGCCUGCGAUCGACGGGACUGGGAACUCUCUUGCGGGUUGUUUGGGGGCGGGGGUGGGGGGAGAGUCAAGAAAGAGAAAUCCUCGUAAUGGCGAGAGGAGGAGAAACGAGAAUUUUACAACGCAAAGCGAGCGCAAAUGGACGAUAAACGCAAACGAUGAGCGAAGAUUUGAAAUCCCUGGCAUCCUAAGCCCAGUGUGGGAAUCGCGUGGUCACACCCCCUACCCCCCCUUCGUGUUUGUCUCCUCCAACUGCAUCCGUCACCGCCGAGCAGGAGACACUGGGAAGUGGACCACAUGGUGGCGUCGGUUUAGAAAUCGACAGCUCGCACCCCCCCCCCGCGAUUUGAGAGAGGGCGGUGGGGUGAUGCAGGGCGGGGUGACAAAACCCAGGCUGCUGGGCCAUUGAGACAAAAUGUGGUCGUGGUGGGAGUUGCUGCGGAGGAGACUCGAAGAAGGAGCGGCAGUGGCGCUGGGAGAGGAGGAGGAGGUGGCGGUCCUUUGGACGCGGAUCAGCACGGCGAGGCGUUAUCCACGGGAGUUUGGCCAGGAGCCGGCGGAGAGAGAUGCGACUGUUGCUGCGAGGGCUGCGGAAGCGUGCGUUUUAGCUGCGCGAGAAGCCGAUGGCAGCGUCGCUGCUCACCCCACCGCCGUGUACAGAAGCCGCUCGCUCUCCCCUCGGCCUCUCCACCGGCGCUAAAGGGGGGGGGCGGGGAGGCUGCACGCCAGCGGAGGGAGGCGAGGAGGGGACCGGUUUGUCUCAUUUCUCUACUCGCGUUGACCUUCACGAUUUUUCCCCCGUUGCUGUCGAUGCUUGGAACGUGAACACUUGACAAAUAAAGGCAUCGUUAACGGCGGGUCGAUGCGAGCUGACGAGGUGACGACCUUCACUGGGGGGGGGGGGGGGUUGUUCCCGUGACGCCACACAACGUCGGCAGACCACUCUGCCACCUUAACGAGGUGGGGGGGUUCGAAGGGAGUUGUGCCCGCUGGCUGUGUGGCAGCUUGUUGGGAUUCUGUGCACGGCGUUGCCUGCGCUUGCUUCCUGUGCCAGCCACUUCGCUUGGUCUCUUCAUAAUUCCCCGCUCGGAAGUUUCAAGUUGUAUGGAUGAGCAUGACGACGUCGACCGAUGUCUACGUCGUGCCCGUUGCGUUUCCGGUGCUAAGUGUCAAAACGUCGCCGCGCGGUUGACGUUAAAGUGACCGUGAGAAAGAAUCCCCUUGAGAGUUUAGAAUGCUUCUAUGUAAACGCAUAGAAUUACUUAAGAGUUUACACUUCUGUUUUUUUUUUUGUUCAACGGAGGGAGAUCUUACCGGGGGCCCUGUGUUUUUGUCAACUUCCCUGCCGCGCCGGCGGCCAGCACGGCGCUGCGCGUGUACGCGUUGACGUUGCGUUACGGGGGUAAGGGGGAGAUGGGAUUCUUUGUACAUUUGCGACUGGGGGGAGAGAGAGCGGGGGCGGGAGGGUGGGUGGGUUUGUACAUUAGUGGGUUAAGCAAAUGUGUAGAGUGUGCGUGUAAAGAAGUCCUAACUCUGCGCGUGAAUGGUGGUGUGCUGUUAACUGUGCCGGCGUUUUUUAAGCUGAGGGGAAGGGUGACGGGGGGGGGGGGCUGAGAACGAGAUGAGAAGAGAGAUGAUGAGAGAGACUUUGGCACCAACUUUCCACGGCACACCGCCUCAAGGUUCCACCUUUCCCCCGCUCCUCCCCCUCGCCGGAUUGCCGACAGACGCCGCGUUUGCCCGGCGGCUGUGAUGCUCGUGUCGAUGUGGCGAGCCUGUGUACAGAACACGGUCGCCGGCCGGGGCGUGGGUUUGAUGUUGAGGGGGGGGGGGGCCGUGUCCACACAACCAUUGCCGCCGCAUGCCCCACACCCUUCGUUGGAGCUUCCCCACAUCCCCCCUCUUUAUUUAUUUCAUUUCCUCCAAAUGCUGGUGGCUGAGUUUUGUUCCUCCGGUUCUUUGUCCAUUGUCGUUUUUUUUAUUGACAAAUAUUCUGGCUUUUAUGUUUUAAUAUAAAAAACAACAACUCAACAAACA